AUGGCUGUCCACUUUUUGUAUCGCACCGCGCAUGAGAGCGUGGGUGCCACCAACGCCACCACCACCACCACACCCACCACCGCGCCCUCUACUGGCAGCGGUGCGUCCAGCGAUGGGGCUGCGGGGCCCUCGACGCCUGCAGUCGCCGUCAGACGCAGCGCUCGUCUUUUGCUCCCACACAACCCCACCCCAGCGCCCCCCGUCACAUCGAUGUAUCUCCCACCCCCACCCCCACCCAUCCGGGCAAAGUCCAGAGCCAGACCCAAACCCGUCCCCACCACCACCACCACCGCCACACCUUCAUCCUCGACGAUACCCCCACCGCAAGCCAAGCCCGACGCGAAGGGCAAGGCGAAAGCCGACCCCGAGACCGUGCAGGAGUCUGAAGAGUCACCUUCGGGCCCGAUCCCGAGCACAUCGCAAUUGCCUCCGGUGCACGCAGUUGCACCCACGCCCACGAUCCUGGCACCCGUCCCUGCAUACAACACUCGCAAACGCUCGCGCACGACAGAGCACGAGCUUAUAGCGGCCAUUUCACCAUUACCACCACAGUCACCGCUGCCUUUGGCGUUCCCGUUAGCCGCGACGACGAAAGCGCAGGCAGCGGCGGUGAAGAUUUUAAAUCAGCAUGCGAGUGCAGGAGAAGCUGGGAUUGAGGGUAAGGAGGAUGCGGAGGAGUCGGGUGCGCCAAGGAGGUCGAAGAGGUCGAGAGUUGACAAGGGAGAUGUGGGUGAUAAAGGUAAAGAUAAAGUCAAAGGAAAAGAAAGCACCCACGAGGACGGUGAAGUGCAUGAGCAUGGAAGUGCUGUGAUCAACGAGGCAUCUCGCAGCAGCGACACUGCGAUCGCUGCUCCGAGUCGAUCUACGAAUUUGCGUUCGCGGACGCCGGCGCUGAUAACGAAGCUGACGCUGCGAUCGCGCACGAGGACGGCUGUGGCGACGGCUGCUGCUGUCUCGGCUACCGCUGUGCCUGCUGGUGUCUCUGAGUCGCCGUUGAUGGGUGCAUCUGCGUCGAGUGAUGGUUCGGCGGAGACGUCGGUGCCCGUCAAGGUUUCGUUGGAGGAUUCCGUUGCCUCUGGAUCGGCUGGGCCUGCGCUAUCGUCGCCAUCAACACUGACUGCGACGUCUAAUGACGCCUCGAAUUCCGAUGCCGCCAUCGUCUUGUCCAAGGCCGUCGAUACACCGGCUAUCGUCGAUAUCGUCGCUGAGGUUCCUGCUCCCGCGCCGCAGGCACCCAUUCCCGUUUAUGCUACCCGCAGCUCAAAGCGUAAAGCCGGAGCUGACGAGAAAGUAGAGGUUGAUAAAUGCCCGCGCGUUGUUAAGAAGAUGAAGGUUAAUGAGAAGGUCGUUGUUGCUGUUGUUGAACAGGAGGAGGAGGGGGAGAAUGUUGUUGUGCGUAAGGCUGCUGGAGGGAUGAGGGGAAAGGAAAAGAAAGAGAAAGAGGAGAAGGCGCCGAAAGUGGCGAAAAGAGCGACGAGGCGCGGGUCUGGGGUGGGUGUGAAGAGGCGAUUGGACGCGACCUCAAUCAUCACGACUCGCUCUGCGAAAAGGAAUAUAACGGUUCCAGAACAGGCGGUCGCUAAUGAACCGCCUAAAACAAAGACGAGCGCGAAGCAGGCUAAGGGUAAACCUGUGCAGACCGCACCUGCGACUAAACCGGCGACGACGACGACGGGGCGAGGGAGGGGAAGGCCGAGGAAAGUUGUCGAAGCUCCUGUUGAGGCUGAAGAGCAAAAGCAGGCUGAUGAGAAGGAGGAGCGUGCGUUGGAUGUUCCGCUGGUUGUUGAUGCGUUGCCUGCGCUUGAGGCGCCGAAGGUUGUGUCGCUUAAACCUAGGCCGAGGGCGAGGACGAGGGCUGCGUUGGCUGCUGCCGAUGCUGAAGCUGCUGCCGCCGCCGCCACUUCUGCUUUAACAACACCGACGACAGCGACAGAAAAUGAUACGAAAGAGUCAGAGAAAGAGGAAACGCCAACCCAGUCAGCAGCUUCCAGCGCAGAAGCUGGCACGUCUCGAGAAUCUGAUGCGCCGAAGGACAACGAGAAGCCAGUAAAUGAAGGCGCGAAGGCAGAUGAAGACACUCAUGUUACGUCAGCAUUGACAGAUGACACUGCUGCUGCUGGGCCGACUUCUGCUUCAUCAUUAACAUCAACAACAUCUUCUUCGGCGCUUACGACUUUGCCUGUGGAAGAUAAACCUCUGGCGGUGUCUCCGCCGACGUCGCCUGCUACGUCGCCGACGAAAACGCCGUCGUCGCCUCCUACUCCGACGCUGAGCUUGAGACCCUCUCUUCCUUCUCCUUUACCGUCUUUUCCCCACCCAGUGCUGCCCCCUUUGCACCCUCACCCUGCUGUACACUCCCCUCUUACUCCAUUAUCAAAUUCGAAUGCUGCAGCCACCUCUUCUUCCUCGCCCUCGUCUUCAACAUCUUCUCCAUCGGCCUCUAUACCAUCUACACCGAUCACUUCUUCCCCAUCGACUUCCACCAUCGUCGGUGAAGCGACAACAUCUGCAUCUACCUCAGCAGCAGCAGCAGCAGCUACAGCCCAUACAACUGUAUCCGUAUCCGCACCCACAACCCCCAUUUCAACUACCCCGCCAUCUUCACCUCCCACUUUUGCACACCAAUUCCACGGCUCGCAUCAGCGCACAUCGCCCCCGCUCGAUGCCGUCGACAUUGGCCCGCUCGACGGCCUAGGCCUACCCGCCCCGCUCCUCAGCAUGAGCGGUGUUAGCAGCAGCAGCAGCAGCAUCGGCGGCGGCGGCAGCAGCAGUAUCAGCGCUAAAGAUAAAGGCAAGGGCAAGGCCGUAGCCCACAUCCCCGUUACAGGUGCGAGUGCGACGAGGAAUGUGAGUCCUGUACCGAGCCCGAUGUCGAGCCCGCCGCUGAGCCCUGUGAUGGGGCUUGGUGUGACGCCGUUUAUGGCGUUGUCGGGGGGUGCGGGGUCUAGUUCUGUGGCAUCAGGUUCGGGUUCGAGUUCAAGUUCGAGUUCGAGUUCGGGUUUGAGCUCGAGCUCGAGCUCGGGGUCUCUCCAGCAGCAGCAAGCGGCACAACCGCUCCCGCCUAGUCCGACGACGGCUAUGUUCUCCACGCCCAUCUCUCUUCCUACUUUGCCUACGACCUUUUUGAGUCCGUUUGUUGGUUCCAGUGCGAGUCAGACCCAGCAACAUCAACAGCAGCAGCCUGAAGAGCGCGAGACGGAGCAGCAGCAGCACACGCGCCAUUUCAUCCAGCCUUCUCCGCCCUCUCCGUCGUCGCCGACGUUCGGGCCUCUUGGCGGACUCGAGAUCGCCCAACAGCAUCAUCACCAGCAGCAUCACCAGCACCAGAUCGAUCCAAGUCUUACCGCUCUGAGCGCAGGAUCUUCAUCGGGCUCAAGCUCGAUGGGCGACAUGCAGCAGCAGCAGCAGGGCAUGAACUAUGGAAUGUCGAUGAACAUGAGCAUGAGCAUGGGUAUGGGCAUGAACAUGGGGAUGUACAAUAUGCCUAUGAACAUGGGCGUGCCGCUGAGCCCGAUGAACGUUAUGGGCGCCAUGGUCGGCGGCGAUGGGGUUGGGAACACGCCGAUUACGAUGGGCCCUGGUAUGUCGCUGUCCUUGCCGAUGUCGAUGUCGAUGUCGACGAUGACGGAUAUCCCUAUGGAUGUGGACACCGACCCGGCGAGUAAUGGCGUUAUGAAUGGGCCGGGCGAUGCUAGUGGGAUGAUCAAUGGAGGUGGAGGAGGUGCGGGUGCCGGUGGGAAUGGGAAUGGGACGCUUGUGAGCGAGAGCGAUCUUGGGUUUGGGUUCCAUGGAAGAGCGGAUGGGGGUGCGUUUGGAUAUGAGGGUGUAGGUGUUGUUGGAGAGCCGCUCGGUGCGAGUGGAUCUAGUUCCGGUGUUGCGGAUGCCGGACAACAGCAGCAGCAGCAGCAGCAAAUGUACGCAUCGCAUGAACAGAUGUAUCAGUCUCAGCCCUCUGCUUCUUCGUCUUCGUCUCAGGUCCAGCAUAUGGACCAGGAUCAGCAGCUACAGAUGCAGCAACAGCAACAACAACAACAGCAGCAGCAGCAGCACCAGGAUCAACAGCAGCAGCAGGACCAACCUCAGACGCCUGUGUCGCCUCGACAACAAAGAAAAUUGGAGUUCUUCCCUCCACACCCACUAGAGCUUCAGCCUCGGCUCGAUCGCGAUGGAAGCAUGUGGAAGACGGCAUGCAAGUUGCGCGUUUGGGAGAUAACGCGAAGGUAUACGCCCGAUACUAUACGCUCGGUUGUGGCUCAGGAAGCGCACGACUACUACAGCGCCAAAGGUUCCUUCCCUGUGGGAUACAAGAAAGGGUCGGCUGCGCAAAUGCGGCGAAGACGGAGGCAAAGGCCUGUUUCGUCCACGGAGAGCGGAGGAUCCAGCAGCAGCAGCAGCAACGACGCCAGUGCGGACGAUGAUGAUUUCAUGAAUGAGAAGAUCUAUUCAUUCGAGUUGUUGGAUGACGAUGCGGCUGAGGAGGGGCUCGCGAACGGGUAUGAAUGGGACGAAGAUGCGUACGAUGAUGAUGAGUGGGACGAUGAUGAUGACGAAGAUGAUGAUGACGAUGAAGAUGAAGACGACGAUGAGACGGAGGAUGAAGCUGAGCAGGUCAAGUAUGCGAUGUCGCUUGCUCGUGCUGGGUCGCCCAAGGCCAGCACUUCUGGUACCUCGGGUUCAGCUGAGGACAGUGGUGCUGUUUCUGGAGACGAGGAUGCGGAGGGCGAGAUGGAGGUCGAUAUCGAGGCUUUCUCGGACCCGUCGUUCAACGCUGAGCUGUCCUCGCCUACGUCGCCAACGACACCUGCAGGACCUUUAUCAUCGGGCGGUUCCUUUGUUGCCAGCUUUUACAUACCCAAUGUCAAUACCAAUGCUUCGGAUAACGGACAAGUUGGAGGAUUUUUCGGAGGAUCAGACGAUGGAAGGGACGACGUGCAACCACAAGCUGGGCCUUCAAAUUCAACUCAAGAAGAGGCCCAACUUCCUCAGACACCCCCACAUCACAUCACGAUUUCGAUUCCAGCAGCAGAAGACGACCCCGAGCAUCAACAGCAUCUUCAGCAACUCCAACAGCAGUCCCAGUCGCACCACGCUCAGGCCAACUCGAGCUUCUUCACGCCACCUGCUCCUUCUCCCAUCCUGCCUCUUCCACCUCCGCGAUUGGACUCUAUUCGUGUUGGAUAUCUCCGGCAAUCCGAGCUUGGGAUCAAGAUGACUGGGCGUGGCACACCUGCAGACCGUGCACGGGCGGCUCAGUGGUCGAAGGGAUGGAAUUCGGGCAUGCAGCAAUCGCUUCCUGUUGCUCCUCCUCCCCCUGCUCCGAUUGCCGGCCCGAGUGGUGUGAAGCGUUCAGCAUCUGAGGUUGCGGAUGAUGAGGAAGAUGAAGGAGAGAUGAGAGGACGUCCGAGGUUGAGGUUGGCACUUGAAGGAGAGGAUAACGAUGAUGCGCAGAUUCCUUCGUCGGCAGAAGUGGAAGCUCAAGGUUCGAUGGCGAUGUACAAUACAGCGGAUAAUGUACAACAACAACAACAACAGCAGCAGCAGCAGCAGCUCGAUCCAACAAUGCAUCUGGCGAAUCCCUCUGAUGCCACGUCUAGUUCUAAUGCUUCUUUGGCCGCUAACACCUCGGCGGAAGCCAGACCCUCUGGAUUUGUUGAGGAUCAAACGCAUUGGGAAACCUUCCUGGCAGACAUGGCGGACAGAACAUCUGGAUCUGAAUCGGCGACUGCCCCCGCGUCCACAUCGCCCAUGAUGGCAGAUGGCAAUGACCAUCAGCAGCUAUUGCAGCAACAUCAGCAACAGUUGCAAAUUCAGCAGCAACACGUUCAUCACCUGCAACAUCCUGCGACCGCCUCUGCUGGCUCUUCCUCUCAUGUUCUCCAUCCUCAUCCGAUAGCCACUGCCCAUACUGGCGAUUUGGAUUUCUCGUCCAAUGCUGCUGUACAUCAAAACCCUGGCCAAAAUAUGACUUUCGCCAUGUUCGAUAUGUCGCUUGCCAAUUGGUUCAAUGCCGACUCUGCCACGACGAACACCUCCGUCGUUGACGCUGUUACUAAUUCCUCUCCGUCCGCUGAUGAGGCUGAAUCGUUGUCUUCCGUUGAUGGUGCGAUCAUGAAUACCCAUAAUGAUGAAUCUGCAUCGUCGUCUUCGUCGUCAUCUCCAGUCCCAGGAGUACUGGGUAGUGGAACGAGUACGUUGAGUUUUGCGCUUGGUUAA